AUGGCUACUUUCGUUGGAAUCUUUUCGCGCAGAAAAGAAACUCCAAUUCCAUUUCUCCCGUUAAUUCACACAUUAACGAAACCCGAAAUCAAUGGCAACACUAGCAGCAGCAGCAGCAUCACCUCCUUAAUCGAUUCUUUACACGAACGCCGCAGCUGGAAAACCCUUUCGGAAAAAUUCAGCUCACUCAAAUUCACCAACCAAAUAGUUCAAAACAUACUCUUGCAGCUCAAAGAACCCAUUAAUUCAAGAAAAGCCCUCAACUUCUUCCAUUGGUCGAGGAAAGAAAUGAAUUUCGAACACGGGCUUUCGACUUACUGCUUAACAAUCCACAUUUUGGUGAAAGCUAGGCUAAUCAAGGAUGCCAAGGCGUUGAUCGAAUCGGUUUUAAUCAAAGACUUCUCCGAUGGAGAUUCUCGAAUGCUCGAUGUUCUUGAAUCAUUGAUUGAUAGUUAUGCAAUUGUUGAAUCGGUUCCGUUUGUAUUCGACUUGUUUAUACAAACUUGUGCUAAGUUGAGAAUGGUUGAUGAUAUUCUUGAUGCUUGCAAGUUGUUGUCUCGUCACGAUUUUCCGUUGAGUGUGAUUAGUUUCAAUACCAUACUACACGUGAUGAUAAAAUCGGAGAAGUCCCGUUUGGUUUGGAGCGUAUACGAGCACAUGAUUAGUGAAAGAAUGUGCCCGAAUGAAAUGACGACGAGAAUCAUGGUUAGUGCUUUAUGCAAAGAAGGAAAAUUGGAAAGGUUUCUUAGAAUUGUGGAUAGGAUGCACGGGAAGAGGUGUUCGAUUCCUCGGUUAAUUGUGAAUACUUGUUUGGUGUAUGGGAUGAUAGAGGAGGACAAAAUCGAAGAAGGAUUGGUUUUAUUGAAACGGAUCUUGCAGAAAGCGAUGAUCUUGGAUACUAUUUCUUACUCGUUGGUUAUCUUUGCCAAGGUUAAGAUGGGAAAUUUGGAUAACGCUAAAGAAAUAUACGAGGAAAUGCUCAAGAGAGGUUUUGAAGAGAAUGUUUUCGUGUGCAGUUUGUUCAUCGGUGCAUACUGCGAGGAGGGGAGAAUUGAUGAGGCAGUCGGGCUGUUCGAAGAGAUGGAAAGUUUGGGCUUAAAGCCUUUUGACGAGACGUUUAAUCAUCUGAUCAAAGGCUGUUCUUCUUCGUACGGAAGAUUCGAGGAUGGGGUUGUAUUUUGUAAGAAAAUGAUGAGUAUGGGUCUCGUUCCGAGCUGUUCGUCUGUAAAUGAGAUGUUUGGGAAGCUUUGUGAAAAUGCAAAGACGAAGGAAGCUGAUGAGAUAUUGACAAUCUUGUUGGAUAAAGGAUUUGUUGCCGAUGAAAAUACGUAUUCUCAUCUUGUUUGUGGUUACGGUAAAGAAGAUGAUGUUGAGGGGCUCACAAAGCUUUUGUUUGAGAUGGAAUACCGUUCGAUAUCUCCCAAUGCGUUGGGAUUUAGUUCGGUGAUUGUCAGUUUUUGCAAUCACGGGAGAUUAAAAGACGCGGAGAAGUAUUUGGGGUUAAUGAAAUCUCGAUCAUUUAUUCCUAGUCCGAAUGUGUACGAGAGAUUGAUUUCUGGACACUUGCAGAAUGGUAACGAGACAAGGGCUCGUCAGCUGUACGGUGAAAUGGUUGGAAUUGGAUAA